UCCCCGGCGCCCGUUUAUUACUCGCUUCACGCCUGGGUGACACCACUAGAAUGCCUCGCCCCCACGCCCUUUUGGCGACACCGCCGCCUCUCGUCUCGCUACACCUCAGACGAGCUGCUUCCCCGCGGCCAGCCGGUCCUUAAGAUGGCCAGCGCCGGCCAUCCCACCGUCUCUACUUGAAGAUGUUUACGUCCCCACAGCUCCCCCCACGCCCAUAACCGAAGGAGACCGGGGAGGCGGAGCUUGGCCUCGUCACGUGAUCGGACCCAGGGCCAGGCGGAUCGCACUACUUCCUCGCUGGCUCUCGGCGGAGGAACACCAAGCCACCGACUCACCGGAAGCGCGGCUCCAACGCCCCCGGGGAGAUCGGACGGGCUGCUGGGUGACCUGGCUGUCCUGCCCGCCGAUCUGAGAACCCGUCAGCGGGAUCUUGUCCGCGGGGAAUGGUCUCUGGAGCCCACAAACUGCCGCCUCAGCGCGUGCUGCGAAAGGAAGUGCUCCUCGGAUGACCAAUCAGCGUCGAGAAGCCGUUUUAACGUCCCUCCCUCUUCCACCCCUCCUUCCCUGCUCGCUGGUGUCUACCCCCUCCUCCUCCUCCCGCCGGCUCGACCGGGUUCGACCCUUCCGGGACACCGUCGCCCGCGCUCUCGUCUUGGAGUCCGGCCGCGACCUCUCCUGGCAGUAUGGCCAGCUCAGAGGCUGAAUGGGUAACAAUUGCCAAUAACCUUCUUUUUAAAUGUCACAUACACCUGAGGAUCCACGAACUUCAAGACUGUGAUGCUAAUGUUUUUAUUGCCCUUUAUCAGUCCAUUGUGGGAGAAAAGGUACCAGACCUCAUAGUUAUUCCCAGGAAUCAAGAAGAUGAGGCCCACAAUGUACAAGCGGUAAUUGAUUCACUAGCUUUGGAUUACCUUCAGGUCAGCCUGUCUCACAUAACAGGAGAAAACAUAGUGAAAGGGGAUAAUGAAUCUAUCAAGAAUCUCCUAGAAAUAUUUGAUGGAUUGCUGGAUUAUCUGACAGAAUACGUCAGUGAAUCGUCUCCCAACAAAAGUGAAACUGAGCAGUAUUCUAAAGACUCUCAUGGAGAAGAAGCUGGGGAGGACCUUGAACGUACUGAGGGGUCACAGUGGAGAAAAGCUUCUUUUAUGAGGUGUUCAUCGGACACUUUGGGCCCCACCUGGGAGGAAGAUGACGCUGAGUCCACAGGUGAAAUAAUUAGGCUGGGAGAUACUGCACAUACCUUUUCCCAAAGAAGUAAUGGUGCUCAAAAUUCUAUGGACUUACGGUCUAGAAGAACCUUGGCUUCACCAGGCUUUGAGCCUGAGGACAUGUUGAACCCCAGCUUGUCGGGUUUUCUAUCCCAGAAUGGGCCACCUUGUGAGGCAGCAUCAGAAACUCCUCCUAUGAGCAUGGUUCCAAGUGCCAGGAAACUAGGUGAGCCAAUCCGAGCUGCCAUUCCUUUACAUCCUCCCUACCAUCCUUCUGAGCCUAGAGCACCUUGUCCCAUAGGCAAAGAAUACCUCUGGUCAAGUCGCCACUUGUCUACUCCGACUUCUGGAGAGUACAUGGCAUCUUCUGUGGAACCAGAUGAUGCUUUCUUAACUUCUACCUUAUUUAAAGAUGAUGAUCAGGAAACAUAUCUACCUCUGACUGAAGCCUCCAGGACAAGGAAGCCUUCUAAAGGAGAAAGAGAUGAAAACAGAGCUGUGAUCCCCUCAGAGCAUCCACCUUUCCCUCAGAAGGCCAGGAAGCCGUUAACAGAACAAGAACUGCAUGCUAUGUCAGAGAAACUCUCUCAGCGGCUCUCUGAACUAGACUGGAUGUUAAAAACUGCCCUGGGUGAUCGAGGAACGGAUGAGACUGAUGGUAAAGAUGGUGAUGCCGGAGAUGAAGAGGUGCGCAGUGGGAAUGAGGAAAUGCUCUCGCAGCACAGUGACAGCAUCAUGGAGUACGGACCAAAGAAGCCUAGGCCAGGAUUUUCUACAUGCAGAAAGGCACCUUACAGGUCCCAUUCACUGUCGCCAUCUUCAGUGAACAAACACAGACAAUUAGAGAAAGAGAGAAAAAGGCAGCACAAAUCUAAAGGGACAGACUCACGCCAUUUCCAAGCAAAGGCACUGACUGAAGCAUUUGAACGGGAACUAAGAAAACAUAAAGUUCAAGAGAACGUUGGACUUCGAGGGAUAAGGGAGGAGGAGGAAGAGGAAACAGAAAAGUCAUACAGAGAAGCCUUUCCUAAAGGAACUUUGAAACGGAGUCAGGUCCAGAAGGUUUACUCCAGAAAAACUGCAGCUCCAAGUCCAAAAGUGAAAGUAAAUGAACACAGUCUGCUGCCCCUGAUGCUGGAACAGUUUCCAUUUCUUUAUGUCUCUGACCCAACACUGACCAAAAUGUGGAAGCAGCAGAUGGCCCAGGUUGAACAACUCAAAAGGGAAGCACAGAGAGAGAACCGAUCCAAGAAGAAACUCCAGGAUGAAAUAGAAGAAGCCCUGAGAAGGCAUGACCUCCUCACUGCUCUUGUCAAGAAAGAAUAUGACCAUAACAAGAGGCUGCAAGACUUCAGGGACCGAAUUCAGAGACAAAGGCUGACCCAAUCAAAGAUAAAAGAAAAUCGUCAUCAAAGUGUUCGUGCCCGAAAAUAUUACGAUGAUUACAGAGUUCAGUUACGUGCAAAAAUGAUGAAGAUGAGAACCCGGGAAGAAAUGAUCUUUAAGAAACUGUUUGAAGAAGGUUUACAAAUUCAGAAACAAAGACUACGAGACCUAAGAAACUACGCCAAAGAGAAACGCAACGAAGAAAAGAGACAGCACCAGAAUGAGCUGGACUCGAUGGAGAACUACUAUAAGGACCAGUUUUCAUUGCUGGCAGAAGCCAUCUCACAAGAACGUCAGGAACUCAAAGUGAGACAGAAAUUUCAGGCUCAGACGGUACAUAAGGUGAAGAGGGAGCUGAGAGCUAAAAUGGAGAAGGAGAUUCAGCAACUGCAGCACAUGAUAACGCAGAACGACGACGACGCUUUCUUCCGGGAACUAGAAGCUGAGCGCUUCAAAGCUCGGCUGCAGUUGGCUUCCUUCCAGUACAGUAAAAAUCCUUUCCCAAGAGGCCAAACUUAAUAGGUGAAGUUUCCAGACACCUUAAUAUGAACAGAGCUAGACCUGAGCCAGUAAACAGUCUAAACCAGAACAUGCCUUAUUUAUGUAUUCAUGUUAAAAUUUAGAAUUUUUUAAAUAAAAACUUUCUCUUAAAGCUCACUGCUUUUGCAUUUAUAACCUGAGAAAAGAGAAUAAAGACAUUUAGCUCUGUUAAAGCAGUUAGCAAGUCCUGCCAGCCCACUCGUGAAGCAUGUUGAUAGAGGUCAAUAAAAGUUAUUGACUGUGUAUGAACUCCAGGACCAAGAACAGCACCUAACAGGCUGUGGAUGAAGCCAAUAAUGGCUACUGUUUUGUAGUUCAGGAGCUAUGUUGUCUUAAGUUCCUCAUCUACCAUUUGGGAGCUGACUUCCAUUUCCCUAGCCUUAUCUACUUCUGGCUGGAAGAUGAGGUCAUCUCUAUUCAGGAUGACUGCAGGCAUCCGAGUACUGGGAUUACAGGCUUGCACCACCAUACCUAUCAGGAAAAUUACCUUUUAUACAGCCUUUUAACUAUAUAACUAGACAAACCAGUUUAGAGUAUUAACAUAAAAGGGUAAUAACCCUCUGGUGUAAUUCCAUCUAUCCUAUAACUUGUCUCUUGACAUCACGCUACUGAAAAAAGCCCCCCAGAUAGGUGCUGACACGAGAGCAGUAUCACUGGAGUGCGGCUCCCUGACAAAGUCUCUGUGCCAGCAGCUCUUCACCACGGCUGCCACCUUUCAAGAUGCAUGAGCAAGCCU